AUGGACGCCUUAUCUCCCAGGGAUGUAAACGCUCACCUUCGGGUCAAACAAACAAAGCAUCUGGUCUUGAAGCAACCUGCUGUUAACGUCAAAACAAGUCAGAAACAAAAAGAUCAUCCACCUCCUCCUCCUGCCGAAGUCAGAGAGCCCCCUAGCUUCGAUAGGAAAGACGGAAUCAUUUACAAAACUGGUCAAAUGCUAGGACGAGGUGGUUUCGCGAUUUGCUAUGAGGCCCAAAAUCUAAACACACAGCAAAUAUACGCUCUAAAAAUUGUCAAAAGCCACAUGCCUCAAAAAAGAAUGGAACAAAAAUUUCAAACAGAAUUACAAAUUCAUUCAAAAAUGAAACAUCCAAAUAUCGUUGAAUUCCAUCGAGCAUUUUCUUAUCUCAAUUGCACGUACAUUGUACUAGAACUAUGUCCGAAUGGAUCGCUGAUGGACAUGGUUAAGAGACGCAAAUACAUAACAGAGCCGGAGGCUCGAUAUUGGACCGUCCAAAUAGCUGGAGCCGUAAAGUACAUGCACGGAAAGGGAAUUAUUCAUAGAGAUUUAAAAAUGGGCAAUAUAUUCCUGGAUAAAAAUAUGGACGUCAAGAUUGGCGAUUUUGGGCUAGCUGCUCUAAUAAUGUCUGGAAAAGAUUUGCAAGCUUGUCGAAGAACCACGCUUUGCGGAACGCCAAAUUAUAUUGCCCCUGAGAUAUUAUCAAAGGAGAAAGGUGGUCACGACCACGCUGUCGAUAUUUGGAGUUUAGGAAUUAUCAUCUUUGCAAUGCUCACGGGAAAGCCACCUUUUCAAUCCGAAACAGCAGAUGAAAUUUAUCGUAGGGCCAGGGAACGAGACUACGAUUGGCCUAGCUUGGACUCGACAGAAAAUCUUAUCUCCAAAGAUACGAAGGAUCUAGUUUCUAAGCUUCUUCAACCAGCUCAUCUAAGACCUGAUCCUGAUCAAAUUGUCCAACACUCCUUUUUUAUGUGCGGAUGGACUCCCAGACAGGAAGAGAUGUCCAUAUCAUUGCGGGAGAAGCAUAUAUCACCUAAGAAGUAUUUUUCUGAAAUUAAUUUUUCUGCCAACAUGACGGUUAGCAAUCGAAACCUCAAAAAACUCUGCGUGAAAUGUGGAGUUGGCCCCUGGACUCCUGCAAAAAAGUACACCAGCACCUAUCGGGAGGUUGCAGAGGAAGAGAAGUUGGGCCUUACCCCUGCUGUUCCACUGGCCGAAGAUGUUGUUUAUCACCCAUUUCAUGCUUGGUUGCAAGACCAAGUUCAAAGUAUACAGGAACACGGUGAAAAUGCUGAAGCUGCACUGAAAAUAUUGGAAAAAAUUAUAUCCCCUGCGUCUAAGUCCAAGUACACUGGAAUUCCUACUUCUAGGACUCCAAUACAAAGCUUCGCUGCACAACAACGUGCGAAAGACUCAAAACAAAGCGUUUCUCAAAGGCAAGCACAGAUCAACAGGAUAGGUGGUGAUAAGACCUAUGUAGAUAGGCCCAUGCCUCCCAUCAAAACUGAGAUGAAAAUCAGGGAUGCCAUGGUUGAUAUUGAAGAUCGGCUUGCAGUGGAUAUGCUUCACAAGUUAAAACUUAACGCACACGAGGAGAACAGAGAUAAAUUUACUCAACCGUCGAUUCAACGCCUAAAGAAAAUUUCGAUUUUUGAUGAGAGAGAAAAAGCGGAGCUGGUCCCAAAUACAAAGCCUAGUCACGUCCUAUUGCGCCUAUGUCACCUUCGUACCGAGAUAGAACGUGCACUAAAGGCUCGAUCUCCAGCCACUGAAGUAAAAACUCCUACAAAGAGUCCUGUCAUUGUCGUAAAAUGGGUUGAUUACACAAAUAAAUUUGGCCUUGGUUAUAUUUUGAGCAAUGGAAGUGUUGGAACCCUGUUCAGAGCAAUGCCUACGUCCCAACACGGAUCAAAAAAGGAGUCGUGUCCAUCUACAUGUGUCCUGAUAAGAGAUAGCGAGAAACACUUGAUUAAUCAGAGUAAUCCGGACUGGGCACAUUAUGGCCAGCUAGUGCCUUUGUCAGGAUGUAAAGUUGAGUUCUUUGAAAACCGCGGAGACGAGGGUCUCUUCAGUGCAAGUGUUGACUCUGAAAACUUCAAAGCUACCCCGGGACCCAACGGAGAAAUGUUCAAACUAAGUGCCUCACGUGACGAGUUCGACAGCCGAAAAAAGGAGAGAGUCGCUCUCUGGAGAAAAUUUGGGAACUAUAUGACUCAUUAUGGCAGAGAUACCGAGUAUACGCAAGAAGAAAGUCACUGCCAUAAUUCUGAACAGGAACAUGCCAUAAAAAAUACAGUUACUUUCUACCAAAGAUGGGGAGAUGUCGGCUGUUGGGGCUUUGGUGAUGGCCAGCUGCAGUUUAAUUUUCCAGAUCACACAAAGAUUAUUCUCUCAUCUGAUGGGACUUGGUGCGAUUUCUAUCAUCUACCACUUCAAGCUGCGCACGAGCUAUCAGAGAAAGGCAUAAUAUCUGCUCAGGCUUUAGAUGAACGACAACAUCUAUCAUAUCCUCUGAAAACCAUGCUAAACUUUAAGCCAAAACUGACACGUUCCCGAUCACAACGUCAGGCUAUAAUUGAUCCCUUGGUUCAAGAGAUACCAUCAGCAAACGAUUUUCGAAGGAAGAUAGAAUUUAUCUUCCAAUGCAUUACAGAAUGGACACAAAACGGAGGAAUUGGUAUCAGCGACCUAACUGCGAAAGGACGCCUUAGGUGGUCAGGCGCGAGACAAAGUGUGAAUACAAAGAUGCCUUACAAGCAUGUCUGGGUUUGCGUUGGUGGUCAGGCUACUGAUGAAAGAAAGGUAGCGUGGUUUGACCCUCGAAAUCCUGACGUAGUUCUUCCCGAUAUUGAAGGUUGA